AUGUGCCGAAGGCAGGCGCGAGCUUUUACACACCAUGGACACUCUUCCCAUCUCACGUGCAAGUACAGUACAGUACUCGUCAACGCGGGGAAAGGAUUGUUUGCAACUCGAGCAUUCCCAAAGAAUUCGUGGAUUUGUCCGUACUUGGGUGAGAAAACCUCCAAGGAUUGUAUUCAAAAACGCUAUCCAGGGGACAUGACGGCGGCUUACGCGGAGAUGCUUCCUGGACCGGAGCAACUGCACAUUGACAGUGCGUGCAAACGGGGCGUCGCUAGUCUUUCGAAUGGUCUAUUCAACGCGAACGGCAGCGUGUCGUCUCUCAGCCGCCACAAUUGUGUGUCGAGAUACCGUCCUGUCGGGGAUGGAGUACCAGGCGUGUGGCUCAAGUCGACCAAACCACUCAAAAUUGGAGACGAAAUUUUCAAUUGGUAUGGGGACGGAGGGUACAUGUUGCAACACAACCAUUCGACAAAGCGACGAACCAAGGCACCCGACACGCGGCCUUGUUGA